AUGACUGUCAUAACCAGGACCAACCCGAUCGCGGGCCACCGCGCAGGAGGCGAGAUACUGGUCACCGGCGGCGCGGGCUUCAUUGGAUCCAAUCUAGUCGACGCCCUGUUGAGCGAAGGCUGCUGGCACGUCACAGUCCUCGACAACUUUGAGGACUUCUACUCGCCAGCCAUCAAACGAGCCAACCUCGCGGCGCACCAUGGCAACCCAAGCUUCACAUUGUACGAGGUCGACAUACGGCACAAGGAGGACCUGCGGUCGGUCUUUGAGGAGAACAAGUUCGACACCAUUGUCCACCUCGCCUCCAAAGCCGGCGUGCGGCCCUCGCUGGAGCGCCCAGGCGACUACCUCGACACAAACACCACGGGAACGCUGAACCUCCUGGAAUGCGCAAGGGAAUUUGGCGUGGGCACCUUCGUCUUCGGGUCGUCCUCCAGCGUGUACGGCCUCAACGCCAAGGUCCCCUUCUCCGAGGCGUGCAAGACCUCGCAGCCAAUUUCCCCCUACGCUGCGUCCAAGGCGGCCGCCGAGCUGCUCUGCCACACGUACGCGCACCUGUACGCGAUCCGCUGCGUGUGUCUCCGCUUCUUCACCGUGUACGGCCCUCGACAGCGUCCAGACCUGGCGAUUCACAAAUUCGCAAAGUUGAUUGCCGAGGGGAACCCCAUCCCCGUCUUUGGGGAUGGCAGCACGCGGAGGGACUAUACCUAUAUCGACGACAUCAUCCAGGGCGUUCGGGCGGCGAUGGACUAUCGAGGCUCGUACUACGAGGUAUUCAACCUCGGCGAGUCGCAGACGAUUGAGCUGGGUCAGUUGAUCGCCUUGCUCGAGCAGAGCAUAGGGCGCACAGCUAAAAUUGAUCGUCGCGGCGCACAAGCUGGCGAUAUGGCUGUGACAUUUGCCGACGUAUCCAAGGCGAGUCGGCUGUUGGGGUAUAAGCCCACGACGAACAUCAGUCAAGGGAUCCCCAAGUUUGUAGAGUGGUUUCUGGAUCAGCGAGCGUAA